UCCGCCUCAUUGGUGCUGCCCCCAUUCCAUUUCUUCUCUUUUUUCCCUCUUCCCUCCCUCCCUCUGUUUCUCUCGCUCUCCUUCACUCGCUCUCCUCCGAUCAGCUCCAGGCCCAUUGGUUGCCUGCCUUCAACCAUUAUCUCUCGCUUCCCUCUCCCGACCGUCUCCGUUUCUCUGUCUCUCCCUCCUCGCUCCCUGCACGCCCAUCAGCUUUCAACUCCUAAAAAAAUUAUUUGCAUUCAGGAGGAGAAAGGAACUUUCCAGCAUGCGCUCUCCAUGAAAUAGUGCGGGUGAGAACGUGUGCAAGAGAAGACAAGACGACUCUGGAAGAAAGCAAGGAAGACAAUCAGGGGCGAUAACAACAAAAAGUUUGAGCGAAGACACCGUUUCAUGACUGAAAAUGAAACUGGAAGAGGAGUGGUGAACUCUUGAUGGGGGGUUCUUAUCUGAAGUUUACCACUGUGGGCUAAGGAUCAACUGAAGGUCUGGACCAAAAAGCAAUCAAACGUGCAUUCAUAUCAGAAGGAUGUUGCUAUAUCUGGCACUAACAUGGUGAUCACAUCUCACCAGAUGGAGGUGGAUGUAGCAGACAAGCGCCAUCGCACACGCUCAAAAGUGCCCUUGGAACCAGCAAUACAAGAGCUGUUCAGCUGCCCAGCACCGCAUUGUGAUGGGAGUGGGCACAUCAGUGGAAAAUAUGCAAGACAUCAAAGUGUGUACGGCUGCCCUGUGGCCAAGAAGAGGAGAACACAGGACAGACUGCCCCUAGAGCCCAUGGCCAAGAGGAAGGCCUUUCACACACACACAGAGCAGCAGCCCAUGGAAGACUGCUACCACACAGAGAUGGUGGAGGAGAAGGAAGAAGAGGAAGAAGAGGAAGAGGAAGAAGCAGGGGAAGAGGAGGUUGAGGAAGAGGAGGAUGAAGACGGAGAAGCCGAAGGAGAGGAGGACGUGGAGGAAGAGUACACGGACAAUGAGGAACAAGUGGAGCAAGUCGAAGGAGAGGUAGAGAAUGGAGAGGAGGAAGAAAUGGAGCAAGAAGAAGAAGACGUGGUAGACGAAGAAGAGGGUGAGGAAGGAGAAGGGGAGGACGAGGAAGAUGAAGAUGAGGAUGAACAGGACGAGGAGGAGGAGGAGGAGGAGGAUGAGCAGCACAAUCAGGAUCAAGAUGGCAAUCAGGUAAACGGGAUCUACACCAAACCCAGUCCAAUGGUGGAGAAGGAUGACAACAACAAUGAUGAAUACGACAACUAUGAUGAGCUGGUGGCUAAGUCUCUGCUCAACCUGGGCAAGAUUGCAGAGGAUGCCGCUUACCGGGCCAUGACAGAGUCCGAGAUGAACAGCAACUCCUCCCAUAGUGCUGAGGAGGAAGAGGAGGAGGAAGAGGAGGAGGAGGAAGAAGAGGAUGACGAAGAAGAGGAGGAAGAAGAAGAGGAAGAGGAGUGCGACAAUGGCUCUAAGAAGGGUGAGCUGAGCCUUGACGUGGACAGUGAUGUGGUAAAGGAGACUGUGGAUUCUCUGAAACUGCUGGCCCAGGGUCAUGGAGCUGUGCUCUCUGACAACCUUGAAGAAAGGGCGUAUCUGGAAGAUGGAAUGAAAAACGAGGACCACAGCAACAUGAAUGGGUUUGCUGGUUAUGGGUGUAAUGGUAAUAGUAGCAGUUUUGCACAAAACAAGCCCUCUAGCAAUGGACAGAUGAUUGAGGAAAGUGAUGAGGAGGUAUGCUUGAGCAGUCUGGAGUGUCUACGCAAUCAGUGCUUCGACCUGGCACGCAAAUUAAGCGAAACAAAGCCAGCUGAGCGCCUCAGCCACAGUCAGGAGGGGCAACAGGACGCUCUGCUGCACCAGGACAUCUAUGGAGAAUGCCAUCAGCAGCAAAACUCAGAGGAACGCCGUGUCUUGGAGCGCAACUAUUCGGACAUGGUCAACCUUAUGAAGCUGGAGGAGCAGCUCAGUCCGCGCUCAAAAGCUCUUUCCAGCUGUGCCAGGGAGUACGAAGCUUACAGAGAUGAGGACACCACAUCAAUCACCUCGGACCGUUCUGAUGACGGCUUCGAUAUGACCAAGGGCAACCUGUCGCUGCUGGAGAAGGCCAUAGCGUUGGAGUCUGAGCGGGCCAAGGCUAUGAGGGACAAAAUGGCCUCAGAGGCAGCCAGGAGAGACAGAUUGCAACUGCAUGAAGAGAACCAUGGUCUGAGGCUCAGCUGUGCAGAGGAGCGUAAAGCCAGACUGCAUCAUGAUAGCCUCAAGAAGUCCUACUACCAUAAAGAUUCUUCAAGGUCGGAGAAGAAAGAGAGUCGAUGCCCAACGCCGGGUUGUGACGGCACAGGUCAUGUGACUGGGUUGUAUCCUCACCAUCGAAGCCUGUCUGGUUGCCCACAUAAAGACAGAGUUCCUCCAGAAAUUCUUGCAAUGUAUGAAAAUGUUCUUAAGUGUCCUACACCUGGCUGCACAGGGCGCGGCCAUGUCAAUAGCAACAGGAACUCACAUCGAAGUCUCUCGGGAUGCCCGAUAGCAGCCGCUGAGAAACUGGCCAAAGCUCAUGAGAAACACCAAGCCUGCAAUGGAACUAAAUCUAACCAGGCAUCGGACCGAGUUCUGAGGCCCAUGUGCUUUGUAAAGCAGCUGGAGAUCCCGCAGUAUGGCUAUAAGAACAAUGUUCCCACCACCACCCCACGCUCCAACCUGGCCAAAGAGCUGGAGAAAUACUCCAAGACCAGCUUUGACUACAACGGCUACGACAACCAGAAUGUGUAUGGCAAACGUGCCAUCGCUCCUAAAGUUCAAGGACGUGACACAUCACCCAAGGGAUACGAUGCUAAGCGAUACUGUAAGAACUCCAGCUCGGCGAGUAGCACCACCAGUAGCUAUGCUCCCAGCAGUAGCAGCAGCCUGAGCUGUGGAGGAGCUGCAGGAGCAGGAGGAGGAGGAGGAGGAGGAAGCAGCGCCAGCAGCACCUGCAGCAAAAGCAGCUUUGACUACACGCAUGACAUGGAGGCUGCCCACAUGGCCGCUACAGCCAUCCUCAACCUGUCCACACGAUGUAGAGAGAUGCCUCAGAGUCUGAGCGGCAAGCCACAGGAGCUCUGCACACAGUCAGAUGAUCUAGAUCCAUUCCAGGACAUUUUAGAUGACGCUGCGUAUGCCACAGAUGUCGCCAUCCCGAGUCCCAAGCCAAAAUUUGCCCCUUGCAAAGAGAGCAAAAAGGACCUGAUAACUCUUUCAGGUUGUCCUUUAGCAGAUAAAAGCAUUCGGAGUAUGAUGGCGACCAAUUCACAAGAACUCAAGUGCCCGACUCCGGGCUGUGAUGGCUCGGGACAUAUCACUGGAAAUUACGCCUCCCACAGAAGUUUGUCAGGAUGUCCACGAGCUCGAAAGAGUGGCAUAAAGAUUACCCACAGCAAAGAGGACAAAGAGGACCAGGAACCAAUAAGGUGUCCUGUACCUGGUUGUGAUGGACAGGGUCAUGUGACAGGGAAGUAUGCAUCUCACCGCAGUGCAUCGGGUUGCCCCCUGGCUGCCAAGCGGCAGAAGGACUGCUACAUGAAUGGCACACAGUUCACAUGGAAAGCUGGGAAGACAGACGGCAUGUCCUGUCCAACUCCAGGCUGUGACGGCUCAGGUCAUGUCAGUGGCAGCUUUUUAACCCAUCGAAGUCUGUCGGGUUGUCCACGUGCUUCAUCUGCUAUGAAGAAGGCCAGACUGUCAGGAGUGGAGAUGCUUACAAUAAAACGGCCAAGCAAUGGUUUACACAAUGAUGAAGACAUUAAACAGCUGGAUGAAGAAAUCAAAGAUUUAAAUGAAUCCAAUUCACAGGUGGAGGCAGAUAUGAUCAAACUUAGAACACAGAUUACAACCAUGGAGUCUAAUCUGAAGUCGAUAGAGGAAGAAAACAAGGUGAUUGAACAGCAAAAUGAAUCUCUCCUGCAUGAGCUGGCCAACCUCAGCCAGUCACUGAUUAACAGUUUAGCUAAUAUCCAGCUCCCUCAUAUGAAACCGCCGCUACACAAAGAGCCUCCGAUUAGAAAUAACAGCUGUUUACAGUUGCAUCAGCGAGAUCCAAUAAGCGAACAGAACUUUGACGCAUACGUGACGACUCUGACAGAUAUGUACACAAAUCAAGAGCAGUACCAGAGUCCGGAGAACAAAGCGUUACUGGAGAAUAUAAAACAAGCAGUACAAGGAAUCCAAGUCUAGCCACUCAGCAAACCUCAAAGCAAGGGGAAAGAAGGGGACGAUUAUGAAACAGGAGAAAUGCGAUUGAGAUUGCCUCAUGGUUUGCUGCUGUAAUUUAGCAGACAGUGUUAAAUAUUCACAUAUGUUCUUUAAAAAAAAAAAAAAAAAAGUGUUAUGCUUACAAUUCAUGAUUUUUUUUUUUAUUUAUCUUUAUUUUUGGUCUUGCUUUGAAAAAUAUUUAAUGGCAAAAUAGUUUUUGAAAACAUUUCACAUUUUGUACAUUUUCAUAUGAGCUCACAUAGUGUGAUGUAACAUUUCUAGCUGCUCAUGUAUGCACAUUUUAGUGUAUAUUUCUGAACAGUAAGGCAAACAGUAUUGAUAUAUACAUUCUUUUUUUAAUGCUUGCUGAUUAACAAAAGGAUUUUAGUUUGAGAAAGCUAAACUACUGCAUCAAAAUAAUGGACAUGCAAGGAUACACUGAGUGUAUCUUUUUAUACCAGUUUAUUACACAAUAGAACAAUGUACCUAUUUAUUAAAAAAAACACAAAAUAAAAAAGUUUAUUAGGUAUAUUGAUCUAGUUUUCAAUAAACUGGGAACUCAGUGUAUGCCGACUUUUUAAACCAUUUUCUCCUUGUUGAAUGAUUUUUUUUUUUUUUUUUUUACAUUUUGUGAAAAAGGACAGACUGCGUUUUAUUUCUAAGUUAUGCUUGAGGAGUUUUAUUCUUGGCACCUGUACAUGGUGGGUAGAUAAAUACUUGAUGAAAAUGAACAGCGAAAGGAAAUCAACGUGAUGUAUGAAUGUCGCAGUUCUAUUGUAAACAUCAUGACACGGAAACCUAAUGGUGGAAGUCCCAGAACUUAGCAAUGAACAUUAUCUGAUUUUGUGUUAGAAAAGAGCUUUUGUCAUUAAAUCUGCAUUAGUGUAAUGGCAGCAGAGGUUCGCCCCAGUGUCAAUGUUCAUUUAGCCUGAUCCGUAUAUCAGUAGCACGAGUCUCACAUCAUAUCAGCAAUAUACGUUUUGACAACAUUUAUGGCGAUGAGCAGCAAUCUGUGGGGGGGAAAAAAAAUAAACAGUUGGGCUAUAUGCAAUUUCCUGUUUGUAGACAUUAGUGGGGAAACAAAUGAAACUUUUUACUGUAUGUAAAUGAUUGAUUUUUUUUAUACAAAUCUUGUAAUACAAAAUUUUUCAACAGGGGUAUAAUAUACUUGGACGUUCAAUUUAGAGGCAAACAGUGAUUUCUGAGAUCCAUUUCCUUUAUUUAUGACUUUGCACGGGGACACCUUUGUUUCCAUGUUCUGAUGGUUAUACAUAAACUAAAGCAGUACUUGGGAAAUGGAAAAAAAAAAAAAAGAAGGGUUUUGUAGAAUAAAUAUAUAUAAAUAGAAUUUAUGAAAGCGGGACUAACAGGGUCAUUGUCCCCACUUAUGUGCCAGUAGACUAUUUGCACUUGUCCUAAAGAUAUAUAAUUAGUAAAUACUGGUGGUGUGCAAUCUCCAGGUGGCUCUUCGGCACACAAUUGGAACGCGUUAUGUCAAGAAUUGUUCAAUUGUAUCAGAAGGAGACUGCAGGGAAUCUGAAUAAAAAAUGAGGACAAUAUCUUUACCAGUAAUAGUACGACAUUUUGGUAUUUCUUUCAUUUUUUUUUUUUUUUUGUAUCAUCUCUAAUCAUUACAAAUCCCCAGCUGCACUUUAUGUCUAUCACUGUACAAAAUCAUUUAACAAGAAAAAUGUCAAAGAAAAGAAAAACAAUAAUAAAAAUAUUAAUACAAGGAUGAAAAUCCCAGUAUAAAGGGGCAGGAAGAUGGAGUCAGAAGUAGAAUUGCAGGAUGUUGCAAUCUUACCAUAUGUCUAGUUUCUCUCACAUUAUGUUCAGUAGUAAUCAUGUUAAUACUUUGCCUUUUGGGGAGUGAAUGCGAAGGUGCUCGUCUUUCACCUGAUCUCCACUGUUGUACAGCUCUGUCCUCUUUUAGGACACCAUCCUCCAUAACUGCAUCCGCCUUUCAUCACAGCAUUGUGUCUGCAGCUUUUUGCCAAUAUAGUAAUGCUUUCAAUAGAAUAAUAGCUAGUAUCAGUUUUUUGAAUAAAUUAUUGUUAUCAGUACAAUGGAAAAAGGAUUUAAAGCACAAACACGCUGCUCAUCUACUGUUGCUACAUUGAUAUCAAAUAAUUUUUAAAAAAAAUAUAUAUCUGUGACUUAUUACCUUGGGAGAAACAAAAAAAGGUGUCACAUAUUAGAAUGCUGAACUUUCAUAUGAAUUAUUGUGAAUUCAUCAGAGUUUAUUUAUUUUCAAUUCCUUUGAUUUCAAGGUUGAUUUGAGUACUCAUCGAUGAAGACAGGAUUUUGUAUAAACUAUUGUGCUCUCUGUGGAACUGAAGUUUGAUUUAUUUUUGUACAACACAGCAUGAAUUUGUUGACGUUUUAAUUUUGCUAUAAAUGUGUAAGAUCACAAGUUGCUGUGAUUUUUUGUUUGUUUGUUUCUUUCUUUUAUUUCAUUUUUAAAUUGUGGAAUUUGUACAACUUUUGUCAUGCUGGAUGUUGACACAUCUUACUCUGAAUAAAGAAAAAUUGUGUUGCCA